UAGCAGUUAGAACGAGCGCUGGUUUGAGGUUUAGAGAGACCGAGCUGUAAGUAGGUCGGGCUGGGUUUAAGCGGCUUUAGCCUGCGUCAGCCUAAGCUGGGAGGAAUUCACCCAAAGCCCUCCGCGGUAGGCGGGGGCCUAAACGAGGCUGGCCUAGUUAAGCCUGAUUCUUAUUGUUGCCGUGUGUGUUGUGUAACACAGAGCAGAGAAGACCUCGGAUGAGAGAGAGUACAUGCGUUAGACAGAGACUGUUUGAUUGAGAAUCCAUGAAGGGGGAGAAAGAAGAGGGACAAGGAAGAGAGUGAAUGAGUGAGAGUUAAACCAGUAUUAGCCUGAGCCUCAUCACAGAACAGAAAGAAAAGGGAGGUAGAGAACCAGACCAAAUCUCAAAAGAAGCGAGAUAUUGUGUUGAGUUAGUGCUGGUGUCUAGGCCUGGCUCGGUCCAGUCUGGUUCCCUGGGCUAUGUUCUAAGAUGGCGUCUGGGUCCGUCUACAUGUCGUCCAGUAUGGUGGGUAAGGCUCGCUCGUCCAACUUCACCCUGUCUGAGAAACUGGACCUGCUGAAGCUGGUCCGCCCACACAUUCUCAUCCUGGAGGAGCACACCAACAAGCACGCUGUCAUCGUGGACAAGAACAAGUGCUGGGACACAGUGUCUGAGCAGUACAACGUCCUGGGGGGGGACAGGCCCCCCCGCACUGCCCAGGGCCUACGCACCCUCUACAAGAGGCUGAAGGAGUCGGCCAAACAGGAAGUGAUGCAACGGAGACACGCCCAGCCAGAGUACAGAGGAAGUAUAUCUGAACCAACCAGGAGAGUGAUGGAGAUGAUACCUCACCUUUUCCAUCACGGAGCUAUCCACCAUGAUAAAGACCCAGCAACGAUGCACAGGAUGAUGUAUAAGCAUGACUCUCCCAUGGAGCAACCUGGCAGCAGCUCCUCCCUCCCAGACUACCCAUCAAACCCCGUCACACACCACCUGGACCAGGAUGUGGUCAGGCUGGACCAGGAUGUGAUCAGACUGGACCAGGACGUGGACGUGAAGCCUCCGCCAGACCUGACCAUCCUCUCCACGCGUGUGGGGGUGGUGCUAGGAGGAGAGGGGGCGGAGGAGGAAGAUGAGGAGUUGGGCAGUGUCCAUGGUUAUGACGGCUCUCUCUCUCCCUGCCCAUCCUCCGUCGUCCUGCCCCUCUCCACCUCACCCGUUCCACUGCAACGUGACCUUUACCCUCAUGACCACUACCCCCGCCGUGACCCUGACAGGCUCCGUCCCCUUCAGCUGGCCAAGGAGGAGCACGAGCAGGUCAUGACCAAUCACAGAAAGAUGGGCGUAUACCUGGAGGAGAAGAGGGAGGGGCUAAAGAGGAAGCAGGAACUGGAGGAGGAGCUUCUGAGAGCAAAAAUCAAAGUAGAGAAACUGAGGGCAGCCAGGCUGAGACAUGGACUACCACUGCCCCUAUAACUAACACACUCAUGGCCUGAUUGGACUGACCAUUUGGCACUCAGGAGGAUGCUCUGAAUUGUUUGUAUUUCUGUGUUGAAUGUUUAGCGUGUGGAAGAGGGGUUUGACCUGAGAAAUAAUGUUUGUUUGAUUAACAGUGAGUUUGAGGGAGGAUUUAAAGGUCCAAUGCAGCCUUCUCUAUCUCAAUAUCAAAUCAUUUCUGGGUAACAAUGAAUUACCUUACUGUGAUUGUUUUCCAUUAAAAUGAUAAAAAAGAGACAAAAAUAGAUUCUUAGCAAAGUUCAAUUUCUCAAGUAAGAAUUUUGCUAGGAUUCUCUGCGAGUGGUCUGAGUGGGGAGGGGAAAACUGAAAACAAACUGUUAUUGGCAGAACAGUUUGGA